AUGCUCAUUAUAUCGGUAAUCGCUACAACACUUGCGCGCACAGCAAUCGCCGCAUGCGAUCGUACCUAUACACUCUUCCCCAACCUGACGUACACCGAGCAGUUCAAGCCUGCGAACAUUACUGGCGGCAUACUCAGCAAGCCACUCAAUAUCACGCAAUACCGAAGUGUUUUAGACGAAGUACUUUGUACAGCAUUCACGGAAAUCAUUGUUACGGAUAUUUCCCAUCCGUACGUUCUUGGUGUGAGGAUAGAAGGCAAUGGAUUGUAUAUCAAGAAGAUUGAAACGCUCGUUAGUGACGCCGGAGACUGGCUAUUUAAUGCCACGGGAACGGCACACUGGAACUCGUUCGAGAAAUGGGAUAGCAUACCACUGGUAGAGAGGGACACCAGAGAAGUCAUCCAAGCAGCUGGGGACGCGUAUUUCGAUCGCUUCGGUAAUGCAAAUGUUACUGUACCCUUUGAAGGCGGCUCAUAUACCGAUACGUCACGAACAAACGGCUCAACGUGUUCUCUCGGGCUGCCUUCGACCAUCCACGUUGUGGACCGGCGCUACGUCGUCGACGUUGAGUACGGUGCAGUCAGCAUUUUUGUCGGUUUUCCUGGCUUGGACCGCGCAAGCAAAGAGCCUGCUCCCGAUAUACUUGCGAAGGGCAUCCAGGAUGCGGAUUGA